AUGUCUUUUGGCAACAUGUCAUAUGCCUCGACUUCUAAUAAGCCAGGCGAAAAGAAGCUUUGUACAAGGAUGAGAGUGGGUUUUGAGGUUGAGGUGGCGGCAGGAACGAUUUGCCAAUAUCUACAUGGCAAAUUGCGUCCGCAAGGGUAUGGAGCGGGAUGCUAUGACUCGGUUCUACAGUUUGGCGAUAUUGAAAAGAUUGGGGCUCUGUGCUUCUAUCCACAGGAAAUUAACAUCAGGGCCAUGGAGAAAGAAUUAAUGCGACACUUUGACUGGAAGACGGUUAUUGGCCUGUGGUACGAAUGGGUAAACAUUCCCUACAACGGCCGAAGCAAGUGGAAUGAACGAUCGCCCGGAUGCAUGAUGUGGCAUGUUUACGUCAGAUCAAGGGUAGCUAAGCGAGCGGAUCGAGAACUACAAUUAUGGCUGCACCUGUCUACCCCUAAGAAAGAUUUCCCAUGCAUUAAGGCCGUGGGUCCGGUUAAGGAUGAGAAUCUCACUAUGAUCUUGAAGUAUAACGACUUUGUGGAACUGACACAGGCCAAAUAUUGUCCAGUUGAGAUUCCAGGGAUGUUGAAACAGGCAACUGCCAAAGCCUUUGGUCCUCGCACUUGUUUGUCUAUGUUUCUUUCCACCAAAGCCCGACCUGUUCACGCAGAGAAAGUGGCAGCUGCGGAUGUGAACUGGGAUUCCGAUUCUGAUGACUCCUUGCUGGAGGACGUUGUCUUGGUCUGUCAGUUCGAUUCCUAUCUGUGGGUCGAUACUUGA